UGGACUGGUCAUUUCACUCAUGUGUGCUCCUGGCAUGAGGUGUGUUUGUGGAGCUGGUGGAUGUGAUUAAUUCAUCUUUGACUGGUUUGUCCAGUGAAGUAAUGUUUUAGUUGUGCUCUUACAUUCGUGGCCAUUUAGCCCAUCUGCAGAGCAGCUGUUUUUCCCCACUAAGUGCCUAAAUUGCGAUUGCAGUCAGAUGGGCAGAAUGACUCACUGUGGUGAUUUGUGUGCACAUUUGUCUGGGGUGUUGUGUCUUGUUCCACAAUGUUUAUCCUGUACUUCCAAAAGGUCUGUCUGUGUAUUAGUAUGGGAGUUAUUCAUCAAAUGAUGGAAACAAUUGGUAUGGUGACAACAUAUUUAGUGGAUUCAUUAAUGGAUGAACAUUUAACAAAUUGAACAGUGCUGGCUCUUUUCACAAGUUGUUGCCUUUUCAAAAUGAGAAGGAAAAUGUGAUCUUGGUGCCUUCAAAUGGAACUGGAUUCACUUCAUGUAAGUGAGAUAAUGUCAUAUAUGCCCAUAGUACAUGACAUUUAGAAAGCAGAGGAGUAGACCCUUUUGAUUAAAUGAGUGCGAGGCCAUAAAAUAAAAAGAAAGUGGUAAUAAAGCUGAAUGAUCUUUUUUUUUCCUGGAGGUAACAACAGAUUGCGUACUCUUCCUAGGAAACGCCACGCGGUUGUUUGUCAGCUGUGAGGUGUCUUGCACCCCGUCACGUGUGCCGUGUUUAUCAGUCGUCCAAUACCCCUCUGUACCCUCCCCCAUCUGGUGACUGCCACUGCAGGAGACGGGGACCAGAGACAGGGACCAACCGCUGAGUGUGACACUACACAUGCGGAGCGGAGCUGUUCAGGGUGUUGGGCAGGAGGAGGAGGGGGGUGGGGCAGGUUCUCCGAAAACAGACUUAAAAACAAGCAGAGAGGAAUGUGUGACUGGAUUGGACGGCUGGCUCAAGUGUCAUCAGCUGCAAGGGGGGGUGAUAUAAAAGUCAGGGCCACCAUGCCUCCGGUAGAACAAAUGCACUACAUGAGACUCGACAAACUGCUGUAGAGCUAGUGGAGUAAAAAAACCACAACUUUGACAAGGUCAGUCCUUGUUGACAUGGACAUCCAACGGACCAGCUCACUGAUGGGGUCACCUAACUCGAACGAGAGCCUGGAGAAGCAGCUUAGCUGCCCCAUAUGCCUGGACAUGUUCACCAAACCUGUGGUGAUCCUGCCCUGCCAGCACAAUCUCUGCCGAAGCUGCGCCAGCGACCUCUACGACUCGCGCAACCCUUACCGCUUCUCGGGCGGCGUCUUCCGCUGCCCCACGUGCCGCUUCGAGGUGGUGCUGGACCGCCAUGGUGUGCACGGGCUCCAGCGCAACCUGCUGGUGGAGAACAUCAUCGACAUCUACAAGCAGCAGCAAGAGGGCAGCGGCGGCGGAGGAGAGAGCAGUACGCCAGAGGCGCCCGUCAAGCCCAAAGGCGGCAAAGAGCCCAUGUGCCAAGAGCACGAAGAGGAGAAGAUCAACAUCUACUGCAUCACCUGCCAGGUGCCCACCUGCUCUAUGUGCAAGGUAUUCGGCGCACACAAGGACUGCGAGGUGUCGCCGCUGGCUAGCGUCUACCAGACCCAGAAGGCCGAACUGAGCAACGCCAUCGACGCCCUGGUGGCCGGGAACGGGCGGCUGCAGUCGCUGCUCAAUCAGAUGGAGGAGGCGUGCACGGCGGUGCAGGAGAAUGCCCAGCGGGCCAAGCAAGGUCUGGGCGAGCGCUUCGACGGGCUCUACGCCGUGCUGGAGGACCGCAAGGCCACCAUGCUGGAUCGCGUCAGCAAGGAGCAGGACGAGAAGGUGGCGACGCUACGCGGGAUGGCGUCGCGCUACGGCGACCGGCUGCAGGCGGGCUCGGAGCUGACGGACACGGCCGUGCGGGCGCUGGAGCAGAGCGGCGCCGCAGAGUUUCUGCAGGCCUCCAAGGGCCUCAUCACGCAAACCAAAGAUGCGGCCAAGUGCUCGCUGGGCGAGGAGAGGCCCGAAGCAGGCUUCGAGAGGAUGGACCACUUUACGUUGAACACGGAGCCGGUGGAGGUUCUGCUGGCCAAGAUGGACUUUGGUGUAGACGACGAGGAUUUUGAAGAUGCAGAGGGGGAGGAAGAGGAGUGAAUGUACUUGAUGGACUUGAUGUAGCUUUUAGGAGUUGGUUUAGGUUUAUUUAAGUGAAUUUCCGAAGGGAACUUGGAGUAGAGUGUCGCCCCACACCAACAACUUGACUUGCAAAGGUGCCUUGGAAAGUGUUUUUAUUCCAGAUAUAUGGUAGCCGAAAUGUGCUUUUUUUUAAGAAAGAUUUUUGUAUUUUCUCAUCACUGUCACUCCUUAUGUCUCAUUAAGGAGUCGGACAUCAUCUGUUUAUACUUGGACUAUGUGAUUGUUCUGCCACAGCAGUAGCUGUGAUUUGAAUGUAGAAAGUCUAGUAAAGUGCUUAGGCACUUGAACCAUUUGCCUUAAUGUCAUUAAUGUCUAACUGGCCAUUAAAACAUUGAAAAAAAGAA